CAUUGUUCUUCACUCUACGUGACUUUCAGAAGGUGAUGUCUAACACGCUACCGUACGAGGACGACUCGAGGACCGAAUCAUCCGUCGAGCUGAUGACUUCCUUUCGAGACUCUAUUCGCGAGUCCUUCGAGCAAUCGUUGGACGACGAGGAGAACGACAUGUGCUUUCGCGUCACCACCACAAAUCUACCGUUCGAGAAGUGUCUGGGUCGUUGGAACGCUGCUUUUGCGGAUCGUUUUAUCGAGAAGUUCGACGAUCCAAAUCCUUUCAUUUUCGAGGACUAUAUCGAUAGAAGCAACAAGGUCAACAUCCGGCGAUCGGCUGGCCCGAUGUGCCACGAUAACUUCGAGGAGAAUCCGCCAGCAGUUCCACGUUUGUCCAAGGUGAGAUUUGUGAUCCAGUCACCGAGUUCCUCGACCCCGGAUCAUGAUCUCAGCGAGGAGGAGGAGGCCGUCUGCGACAGGUCGGAAAAUGUCAGCCCUUUCGUGAAUGAGGAAGCUGAGCGAAAUUACACCACAUCUGUGCAGCUGACGGAAAUCACGGAGGAUAUGGAACUGGAGGAAGGAGGUAACGACGUGGAAGGUCAGCAGAAUUCCCAGCUCUCCGAUAAGCUCGGUGAUGUACCUUCCAGUUCGAUUUUGAAUACUCAGGACGCCUCUGUCGAAUGGUCUUCGUUGGAGAACAUUUGCAGUUCCCUUGAUUUAGUUGAUCGAGAAUUGUUUGAUGAAAAUGAUGAUGCUAGUGGUACUUUAGCAGAUUUCGUUUGUACCUCGGCUUCCAUGCAGUUGCAAGGAGCAUCAUUUGGUUCUUCGUGGUCGCCUGAAAAGUUCAAGUCCGUAGAUGCAGAGAUAGGAUUAAGAGAAUCAGAAAAAGAUUCUUUGCCUGAAUGUAGUUUUACGUUGAAUAAGAACGAAGGCAAUUCAGAAAGGUUGAUUGACGAUGGUAACUCGGUAUUAGAAAGUUCAGUUGAUGGUAUAGAUUGCUUUGAACAAUUUGAAGCUAGCACUGAUCAUAUGGGAUCACCGAUCCAAUUAGAAGGAUUCUCUGUGAGUGCAAGUAAUAAUAUCGACGUUAGUGAAACUAUAAAUGAGGAUCCAUCUGAUAUUACUGAACAGGAAUUGACAGUGAAUAUAGUAAAUACUCAUUCUGUGGAGCAAAAAUUACUCGCUGCACAAGAUUUUGAGGCUAGUGAACGAAAAUUGACAAUAAACGACACGAAGAUUGAAAUUGUUGAUAGGACGUCGAUAACAAAUGAACUGGAGAAGAGUAACACGAUAGAAUCUGUAACAUUGAAUAAUGUAGAAAUUUAUUUGGGUCAAGAUGUGUCAUUAUCUGAAAAACAAUUGGAUGAUAAAAAGGUGACUCUAAUGACCGAUUCACUUGAUAAGACCACUCAGGAAUAUAAACGGAAGAUUUUCGUCAGUGAAUCACUUCGGAAUAUACUUAUUUGUCACGACUUUUCGCCCACUGAAUCUGAAGACCAAAUUCAGGCUAUCGAGCCGAAUAACGUCAGUUCAGAAACUUCUAGUACACCUUUAAAUAAACCUGCCACAAGUUUCGAAGAGUCUAUUGCAAAGCACGGUAUGGAAAAAGUGAACAAUAUUUCAGUUUCUCAAGAUGAUACUAAAAAUAAUGAACCGUUUGGGCGGAAAGACAGUAUUAGCGUUCCCGUUAACAUUCGACGAAACUCAUUUUUAGAGAAUAUGCUCUCUGAAGAUGGUGAUCAGACCUGGAAUAUUUCUACAGGUUGCAAGAUUGUGGCUACUCAUCCAAAAUCAUCCAUGUCAAUCACAAAUGAAGAAUCGAUGCCUGUGAUUAGAGAAGAAAAUAAUAUAGCAUGUAGGUUAAGCGAUUCGAUAAAAAUGGAUGCGGAAAUACAAAGAGUGUUGCAAGAAUCCAAAGAAAUCAUAAAGAAGGUAGAGACUCCAGUACCGAAACCAAGAUCAUUUAUAAACAUCCAACCAAGUAAAAAACAUGCUGGCGAGGCAAAGUGCGAUGUAUUAAACGAAUUGUUGUCUAAUUUUACCAACAUUAAAUUGAAACCGGUAAACAACGAAAGACAAAGUAACACUGGGAGUGUGUUCAAACUGGAUGAUACCCUUGGACAAAAUAACGAUAAUGGAAGAACUGAAUUAAAAUCAGAAAUCUCUAUGGAAAGUUCAAAUAACAGUUCCUGUAAUAAAUCUUCUGCACGAAGUAACGAUCGAGACCUAAAUCAGAUACAGAAUAUCUCUUCGCCUGAACAGAUAACUCCGUUUGUUUCUACAAUUAUCACCACCAGAAAUCAAGAUUCUUCAAACAAUUCCAGGCACGAGCAAGUACCAGUAACUAAGGACGAAUCGUCAGAAAAGUAUCGGAAAUCUCAAAGUGGAUUUAAUUUUACAACAGAAUCGACAUCUGGGCUUAGCAAGUCCCUAAAAGCCACGAGAACGAAGAUGAACAGCAACGAAGAGAUCGUCAAAGUGGAAGUACAUAGAUCGGAGCAAGACGAGGAUAAAGACCGAGGAUCGUCAAGAAGCGUGCUUGAUGCACGCGUCGAGCUCGGCAGAAGCUGGUCAAAGAAGAAUCCUUUGUCUUUAGAAAGAAGCGACAAGAUUUUAGAUAGCUCGGCGGAAUCUCAGCAGAUCGUGGGCUGCAGUGAAAAGACUGACGCAAGUGUUUGCAUCGAGGAGGAGCUCGAUGAUCGUGACCACACGGUGAUGGGUCAGCCGCGCGAGCGUGGCGAUGGACAGUUAGGUUUAAGCAGGAGGACGUGUAGCGGCGACAAAAGUGCCAUAGCUAGGAGGAUUCCUCAACCCCAUUGUAAUAAUAAUGACAAUAACAGGGCCGUAACACCCGUAGCUGUAAGUGACGACCAAUCCCGCGACACUGUAACAAUAACCCCCGGUAGAGUUAGGAGCUUCGUUAAGUACUACGAGAUUCGGCAAGAGGCGACGACCGACAGAGAUUCUAAAAGUAACGAUAGAGAUAAAGUAGAUAGAGACAAAAUGGCGGGACACCAAUCGGUGUUCAGCAUCCGCAGGGGUUUGGAGGCGAAGGCGAUCGAGGAUAGAUCCUUCGACGCGAGGAAGGAGAACGUUCCGUCGAUCCCGGCCAAGAAUUCGGUCGAAUCGAUCAGAAGGGAGAACAAUUGCCCUGCUGCGGUUGCAGGAACGCUCGGAAUGGAGCAGAAGUUGAGACGAUCGAGCGAUCGCGUCGCGAGAACAGCGGAUGAUAAGGGCUUGCAAACGAGGAAGACGGGGGACGCGAUGCAGAUACCUUCCGGUGAUUUGAAUCGGGAGCCUGGGAAGGUUAAGAGGAAGAAAUCAGUGAAGUUUCAAGGUGGACACACUGUGAUCGGUGGGAAAUGUUCUCAUGACGAUGGUUCCUUGGGGAACCCGACCGCGAAUCGAGACACGAAGUCGCCGAGAAAGAGGAAGGCUCCCGACAGACCGGCAAUUGGGGGGACUGUCUUGAGUGGAACAGUGGAUUCGGAAACUGCCGAGCACGAGGAAUUUGUGGACGCUGACGCCCGCUCUUUCGAUAAACGAGAAAUUGCUGAUCAGAUACCAACCGCAGCAAAAGGCGAGGAAUGUUCAGGUAUUAACCGCUUCGUUCCAAAACCAGAAACUCCACGCCUCGUAUUUUAUUGUACUGUAUAGUUAAACUGUAGUUUCUACACGUUGUUGUUGUCGUUUCCUCGAAUCUCGGAGAGAUUUAACCGCGACGUUGCUUCGCG